AUGAUGGCAGAGAUUUUUGAGAAUUAUCAAGGCGAAGAAAAGGACUCUGAGAAGGCUCCAAAAAGCGAUCCUCAGAAAAUGAUGCGCCUUGCCCUAGAAAUGUAUUCAUUGGGACUUGUUGGAGGCAGUCAGGCAAACGAUAUCGCGCUGUUAGAGCCACCGAAAGAAACUCAAAGUGUGACAGAGACUGUGAGAGUGCCAAGUGCGGAUUACAUCGCUGAAAUUAUCGGGAAAGGAGGCAUGAAAAUCAAAUAUCUUCGACAGAAGACCAAAACGUACAUCAAGACGCCAAGUCGAUUUGAAAAGCCAGAAUUCGUCAUAACAGGCCGGAAAGAAGAUGUCGCUAAGGCAGCAACAGAGAUUCGGGAAGCGGUUGAACAUUUCAAUGCCGUUCGUGCUGCUCGCUAUUCGCAGCGUUUUAAUCCUGAACCCUCGGAAGACGCCAUCACUAUCAAAGUUCGCGUGCCAUACAAAGUUGUCGGUCUGGUAGUCGGCGUCGGAGGAACUACCAUCAAGAAAAUCCAGCAGCAAACUCGCACUCACAUUGCGACGCCAAGUCGCACAGGCGAGCCGAUUUUCCUCGUCACUGGAUUGCCAGAAAACGUCGAACUCGCCAAGCAAGAGAUUGAAGAGUACAUCGAUGCAAAAACGGAAAAUUCUAAGAUCGACCGAGACCUUGAUUUCGCAGCGAAUGGCGUUGAAAUUGGCGAUGAUGGAAAGACGGAGAAUUCUGUAUUCGGUGAUUCUUCAUCUACAGCUCAGGAGCGGGCUUUCAAGGCUCUUCAACAAUUGAGCUCUCUUUCAAUCAGCAUGAGGGAAAAAGUCCACGAAUACCUAGAAAACUUAAACAGAAGCUCCAUCGGAAAAACUCAUUUCGAUCUUUACAAGAAUUCUUUGAACCCAAUUUUGAACACACCAAUCGUUGUACCAGAGGAGAAACAAAUCGUCGUUAACCUCAACGUACCGUUUUUAUAA